CACAUGUUCUCCCAAUUUUAAUAUUUAUUUUUUUACUUUGAAAAAUUGCCUUAUUUUAUUUAAGUUUGAAUGUUAUUUCUCCUAUACUACUUUGCUUUAUUAAAUAACCAAUAAUAUUGUAAACGUCCAAUGAGAAAGAUGGCUAUUAUUAGAAAAUAUAUAGACAUUGGCGCCAAUUUAACCGAUGAAAUGUACCAAGGUGUUUAUCAUGGUUCUAAAAAACAUGCACCCGAUCUCGACAAAGUUCUUAAUCGUAGUUGGGCUGGCGGGAUGGAUAAAAUGAUCAUAACAGGCGGAAGUUUAUGUGAUAGCAAGAAAGCAAUAGAUUUAUCUCGCACAGAUUCAAGAUUAUUCUCUACCGUAGGAUGCCAUCCGACAAGAUGUACAGAAUUUGUACCCGAUCCAGACAAAUAUCUCGAUGGACUAAGAGAAUUGAUUGUAGCGAACAAAGAUAAAGUUGUAGCUAUUGGAGAGUGUGGGUUAGACUAUGAUCGCCUGCAUUUUUGUGAUAAAGAUGUUCAAAUUAAAUAUUUCGAGUUCCAAUUACAAUUAAGUAAACAAUUUAACUUACCACUCUUCUUGCACUGCCGUGCUGCUGCUGACGAUCUAGUGGACAUAUUGAGCAGAAAUAGAGAUAAAAUUGUAGGUGGAGUGGUACACUCAUUUGAUGGUACAGAGGAUGCCUUAAAUAAGAUUUUAGGCCUGGGGUUGUAUAUAGGUAUCAAUGGAUGUUCACUGAGAUCGAAGGAAAGUUUAGAAGUUGCCGCAAAAAUACCAAUAGAUCGGUUGAUGUUAGAAACCGACUGUCCUUGGUGUGAAGUGAAACCAACCCACCCUGGGUACAGACAUGUGAUGACAAAGUUCACAUCGGUGAAGAAAGAGAAAUAUGAUAUCGAAUCUAACAACCAAGUGAAAGGACGCAAUGAACCUGUUAAUAUUGUACAAGUCUUGGAAAUCUUAGCAACAAUACGGAAAGAAAAUAUAGACGAGUUGGCGAAGACUGUCUAUGAUAAUACCACCAAAUUAUUUUUUUCCAAUUAAUUUUGUUAAAUAAUA